GGGCGGGCCCUCGCUGAGGACCCCGGGCCCGGGCGCCGUCGUCGGUUUGUCUACCCGUCCCCUCGGUCGCCUCCUUUCAACCUUGUCCACGGGUUGGCGCGGUGUCUGGUGCAGCGGCUGCGGCUCCAUUCCUGCCGCAGCUCUCUCCCUUCCUUUCCCUCCCCACCAGAGCCCGGAAUUCGCCCGUCAUGGCUUUACUCACCGCGGCCGCCCGGCUGUUGGGAGCCAAGAAUGCAUCCUGCCUUGUUCUUGCUGCCCGGCAUGCUAGUGCUUCUACGAACUUGAAAGAUGUAAUAGCCAACAUGAUACCUAAGGAACAAGCCAGAAUUAAGGCCUUCAGGCAGCAACAUGGCAAGACGGUGGUGGGCCAAAUUACUGUGGACAUGAUGUAUGGUGGCAUGAGAGGCAUGAAGGGUCUGGUGUAUGAAACAUCAGUUCUUGAUCCUGAUGAGGGCAUUCGUUUCAGAGGCCAUAGCAUCCCUGAAUGCCAGAAAAAACUGCCCAAGGCUAAGGGCGGGGAAGAACCCCUCCCUGAAGGCUUAUUUUGGCUGCUGGUAACUGGACAGAUUCCAACCGAACAACAGGUAUCUUGGCUCUCGCAAGAAUGGGCAAAGAGAGCAGCUCUGCCAUCUCAUGUGGUCACUAUGCUGGACAACUUUCCCACCAAUCUACACCCAAUGUCUCAGUUCAGUGCGGCUAUAACAGCUCUCAAUAGUGAAAGUAACUUUGCCCGGGCAUAUGCAGAGGGUAUCAACCGAACCAAGUACUGGGAGUUGAUUUAUGAAGACUGUAUGGAUCUGAUCGCAAAGCUACCCUGUGUUGCAGCGAAGAUCUACCGGAAUCUUUACCGGGAGGGAAGCAGUAUUGGGGCCAUUGAUUCUAAGCUGGACUGGUCCCACAAUUUCACCAACAUGUUAGGCUAUACUGAUGCUCAGUUUACUGAGCUUAUGCGUUUGUACCUCACCAUCCACAGUGACCAUGAGGGUGGCAACGUAAGUGCACACACUAGCCAUUUGGUGGGCAGUGCCCUUUCAGACCCUUACCUGUCCUUUGCAGCAGCCAUGAAUGGGCUGGCAGGGCCUCUACAUGGAUUGGCUAAUCAGGAAGUACUUGUCUGGCUAACACAAUUACAGAAAGAAGUUGGCAAAGAUGUGUCAGAUGAGAAGUUACGAGACUACAUCUGGAACACACUCAACUCAGGACGGGUUGUGCCAGGCUAUGGUCAUGCAGUACUAAGGAAGACUGAUCCACGAUAUUCCUGUCAGCGAGAGUUUGCUCUGAAACACCUACCUAAUGAUCCCAUGUUUAAGCUGGUGGCCCAACUAUACAAGAUUGUGCCCAAUAUCCUCUUAGAGCAGGGCAAGGCCAAAAAUCCAUGGCCCAAUGUUGAUGCUCACAGUGGCGUGCUGCUUCAGUACUAUGGCAUGACGGAGAUGAAUUACUACACAGUCCUGUUUGGGGUAUCACGGGCACUGGGUGUGCUGGCACAGCUCAUUUGGAGCCGAGCCCUAGGUUUCCCUCUAGAAAGGCCCAAAUCCAUGAGCACCGAUGGGCUGAUGAAGUUUGUGGACUCUAAGUCAGGGUAAAACUAGAGCUGGAGGAAGCUUAAAAAUAAAGUAUACUUUUGUUUCAUGGGGCCUUUAAAGACAAGAUUAAAUUGUAUCUGAGGCACUGAAUAUGUUUGAAGUUAAAAUAUAAAACUAAGACUUUAAAAGACAAAGUGAACCCCAUUCUUCCCUAACUAGCCCCCUUUCUCUGCCUAGUACGAGUUGCCCGUCAACUGUAGGAUGAAAAGGACUAAUUGCAUGUGGUAUGGGUUAGAGUUGGCCACCCACCCACCAACUCUAGAAUGAAAAUCUGGCUCUUCCCUCAAAUCAACGCAGGUUUCAGAGAAUCUGCAGUCACCCUGGAGCUUUUGCUUCUUCUCUGCCCAGCCUGCUAGGCCAACAGAUCAGAAUUUUUUCCUUCUAUUUCCAUAGGAAUCAAUGCUGGAUUGUCAGCUUGUCAAGCCUAAUGGUCCUCUCUUGUACACACAGACACCUCCUAGAAAGACAUAUUGGUUAGCUGGACACGUUUUGGGCAUUUCUUUGAAUGUCAUCAGGUGGCCAUAAAGUCAUCACACUUGUGAGUGGCACCCAGUGUUGAUUUGAUCUCUUUUUAAAAUUAGCCCAUUGAAAUUAGAGUCUGGGAGUAUUUGGUUUCCUACAUGCUUGAAUACCUCCUUCCAGACUCUCUAUACCUACUGUGCCUCAAGCUGAGGAUGCUCUAGGUCUUUCCCUGUUGGUCCAUACCAGAGGCCUCUGAGCAGGUCUGUCUGAACUGUGGUAUUAUAGUCAUUUGGCUUUAUCAGUACUUAAUGUGAACUAAGCUUUUUACUUUUACAGAAUAUAAGCCACUACCCACUGAUCUGUUUCCUGGGGCCUUUUUGUCCUCUAUUAAUAAUAGGCUGUGGCACAUACAACAGAAGCUCAGGGAUGGCCAGCCCUUCGUGGUUGGUCAAAGGGUUCUAGCAUUUCUUUUUGAACAGAGAAGUGAUUCAAUACUGGAGAUGGUCCUCUUUUGAGUAUCUAGUCUAAGGGCUGGGGGCAUUCAAAAUAGUAAACCUCCCAUGUUAUUCCCUGACACCGGUAAUUGUUCCCUUAUUUAUCAGUCUCCCACCCCCUCCUCAAGAGCGCACAGAACAGUUUGUUUUAGAAGCCCCAUUUGCACACGUUUUCAGUGACUCAGAAUGCUCAACUACGUUUCCUUGAGAAAGGAUUGAGACACACUCCUGCUGUGCCCCCUUUUCCCAAAACCCCUGCCUGUGUUUGUGUGGAACCCAAACCCCAGAACCACGCUGUUGAGAUGGACACACUGUAAAACCCCUGGGUAACUGUUAAGUAUGAUGCAGACUUCAGGUUGUUCUGUAUAAAAUAAAAAAAAAUAAAUGUUUUUAUUAACAAUG